UAAGGGUAAACACUGGCUCUGUCCCUACAGCGUGAGGUAUCGGACCUUGGUGGCUGGGGCUUGCCGAAAUCCGACCAAAUUCAGAACGCUCAGUGAUUUCAAGUCUCAUCUGCACGAUAAGCAUUUCUCGAAACUUCGAGAGGAAGACCGUACCGGAAGUCCUAAACUGUACAUGACGGAUCAGGAUUGGGGUCUCAUCGAAAAAGUAUGCACGAAAGCCAACAAGACGAAGCCCAGGAAAGGCACUGAAGCUUCUUUUCAGAAGCAUUUGGGCACUUUUCGGGAAAUUUGGCGCAUUUUGUUUCCGGACAAUGGCCCUGUGCCCAAAUCCCCUUGUAGUCUGCGAGGACUAUGAGGAUUUCAUUCCAGAAGAAGUUGGAGCCUGCGAGGACCACAAAGACUUCAAUACAAAAGAAGUUGGAUUGCUCUCCAAUUCCAUUUCUGACUUUGAGGCCCAACAGGCUGUCAAACGCGGCGAAAUCUCCAGCCCGACUGAGUUUGCAACUCGCGGCAGUUUUGACGAGAUGAUGAACAAAAUCUUUGCACUCGUUGCAGACUACAAGCCGGAAGUGAAGGACCAAUUUUACAGCCUAUUCUUCUCGAUCACUACAGGCAUGAUCGGUGGCCAACAUACCGGGUUUCAAGACGUAUCUGUCGGAAAGGAGCCCGGCCUGUCACGGGCCGCUGCAGAUGCACGGGAGCCGGGAUCUUCACACCUAUCGCAGCUGACAGUCAACUUGUCCGUCUCUGGCGGAGGAAACUCGUCGCAGCCAGGCCUUUCCUCUGCAGUCUCCCAUGAGACAUUGGUUCAGCCAGACUCAGCAACCGCUGAUUCCAACGGCGGAAAGAAGUUCUGUGACCAGGAACCUCAAGAGACGGACCCGUUGCACAUUCAGCAGGAGACAUCGCCACCCUUCGGCAACUACUACCCGCAAGGAGCUCACACAGGGGCCCUAUCGUCAUAUGACUGUAGCUGUAACUAUGGAGGGCAGCGGGAAGAUUCCGCGAGUACUUUGUUCGAUUGGGGCUUGUAUUCUUUGGCUCAGGAGAACGAAACUAUCGAAGAAUCAUGACAGCAGCCUUUCAGAAUGGCCGAUGCAUUCAAGUAGAAGCACGACUUGAUGGGAUGAAAUACACGUGCAUAUGAUUUUGUGAUGGAGGUUACUGGUUCUUGGUGUUUUGGGUAUGGCAAAAUGUAGAUGAUCCUCUUGGCAAUAGAAAGCACAAAAAUGUUUCUGAAAAAGAUUGAUAAUGGCAACAACGAGAUCCAAGGUUGAUUCCACUUCUCUUAAAGCAGAUAGCUGGCAGUGUGGACAAUGGGUAAUGGAAUAGGGGGGCAUUUUGUCACCUGUUUGGUUGACAAGAAAAGCGGCAUCGCGGGGUCCAACAUGGCUGUGUACGAGCCCUAGGCACUCCGCAAGUA